AUGGCACAAAGAGUACACUAUCGUAAACAUAAUCAUUAUAAUACAAAGUCAAAUAAAGUAAGGCCAAUUAGAACUCCAGGUGGAAAAUUAACAAUUCAUGUUAUAAAAAAAAAAGCAGGAAAACCCAAAUGUGCUGACUGUAAAAACCCUAUCCAAGGAGUAAAGGCCUUAAGACCUGCCGAUAACCAAAGGGCUAGAAAAAAAGAUAGAAAAGUGUCGAGAGCAUAUGGUGGAUCGAUAUGUGCAAAAUGUAUUAAGGAAAGAAUAAUGAGAGCAUUUUUAUUUGAGGAACAAAAAUGUGUUAGACAAGUUUUAAAAGAAAAAAAAAAACAAGAACAAAAAGUAAAAAAAGUUAAAAAAGAAAAAAAAGACAAAAAGGAUAAAGGAGAUAAAAAAGAUAAGAAAAAAGUAAUUGCUAAGGAUGCCAAAAAAAAAAUUUCAUCCUCUGGUAAAAAUUUAAAAAAAGUUGUAGAUAAGAAAAGAGGUGGAAUAUAA